CGGCAGUUUGGGCCCCGUGUGCGCGUGUGUGCGCGUGUGUGUUUGCGUUUUACGCGUGUGCGCGCGCGCCAGCUCAACGGCAGAUAGCCAGUGCGCGCGUCGUCGUCGCCGUCGCCGUCGUCACCGCCACCGCCGCCGCCACCGCCGUCGUCAUCUCGCCACCCGGCGCAACACGAAACACGGUGCACACGGCGCCCGGGCAGAAAACGGCGAAAACGGGCGCGCGCUUUACGGCGAGCAAACACACAUAAUAUAGAGGUAUACGCGGGCGGGUAACGGGGCGGGGUCUCCGGAUCGCGCGGAGAGUUGCGCGCGCGCUUCGGCGUGACGGCAGGGCGAGCACGCCAACCGUCAGCACCGCCGACAGCAUCGACGGCCAGCAGCAGCGGCAGGACCAGCGUUGGGAGCAGCCAGCCAGCGGUUGCAUCUCGGCAGCGGCGCAGCAUCAGCAUCGGCGGCAGCAGCAGCAGCAGCAGCAGCGGCAGUAGUGUGUGUGUGUGUGUGCGUGUGUGUGUGUGUGUGUGCGUGUGUGUGUGUGACACGGAGAGAGAGAGAAGCACGAGCGUGAGUGUGUGCGUGGUGGCUGCGCGCGCCAAAGACUUUCCGCCGAGUACGCAAAGACGGGUUUUCGUACACAGUCGUACCGCGGUUACCGCUGUCGCAAUACCUCACGACGAAAAACCUCUCUCGUCGAUAUUCUACAACGAUCCGUGCACAGUGUUGUUGUAUCGUCGACGGUCGUCGCACACGAUAUACUAUUGUUAUCAUAACAAUAAUUAUAUUAUAAUAAUAUCGUUUCCGACGUCGUCUGUGUCGCACGUCUAUAAUAUUAUAAUAUACCUACUGCCGUCACUACCUCAGAAACCGGCCCGACCGUGUGUGUGUUCACCGGUCGCGGACGCCGCGAGCUGCUUUCCUGUCUCCGCGUUUUUCGGGCACGCGCCGCCACACCGACGGACACGGCACUGUACCGGUCCACCGCCGUCGCACGGACGUCGCACCAGCCUCCGCCGCCGCUGCCGUUAAAAUGGACGCGACGGUCGGCCACCGUCCCGCCACGACCCGUCGGCGACCCAACACCGGUGACGGGCUCGGCCACCAGCAGCUGGUAUGCGGCUGUCAGCGAAGACGCGACGACGGACGUCAGAAGGAGCCACUGAUCGUUGUUGGCCGCAACGCGUCCUGUUGAUAGGAGACCGGACGUCGACGACGAGGACGGGUCGCGCGCGCCACCGCAACCGCCGCCGCCGCCGCUGAAUGGGACAUGGGAAUACUCCCGGAUCUGCUCAUCGUCUACCUGAUCAUUGCAGAAACGCUAUGCGGACCUCACGAGAAGCGAUUGCUCAACGAUUUAUUAGACCCUUACAACACACUAGAGAGGCCAGUAGCUAAUGAAUCGGAGCCACUACAACUUAGUUUCGGCCUUAUGCUCAUGCAAAUCAUAGAUGUGGAUGAAAAGAAUCAGCUGUUGAUUACCAAUAUGUGGUUAAAAUUAGAGUGGAACGACGUCAACCUUAGGUGGAACCACAGUGACUAUGGUGGUGUGAAAGAUUUAAGAAUACCACCGCACAAAAUAUGGAAACCAGAUAUGCUCAUGUAUAAUAGCGCUGACGAAGGAUUCGACGGCACGUACGCAACCAACGUGGUGGUAAACAGCAAUGGUAGCUGUGUAUUCAUACCACCGGGAAUAUUCAAGAGUACGUGUAAGAUCGAUAUCACGUGGUUCCCCUUCGACGAUCAAAAGUGUGAUAUGAAAUUUGGCAGUUGGACAUACGACGGAUUUCAGUUGGACCUUCAACUCCAAGAUGAUAACGGAGGAGACAUCAGUGGUUUUAUUACUAAUGGUGAAUGGGACCUGCUUGGCGUUCCCGGAAAGCGCAAUGUCAUCUACUACAGUUGCUGCCCCGAACCGUACAUAGACAUAACGUUUUCCAUCCUAAUUAGAAGGCGUACCUUGUAUUACUUUUUCAACCUGAUAGUCCCGUGCGUGUUGAUUGCAUCUAUGGCCGUACUAGGAUUUACACUACCGCCGGACUGUGGCGAAAAGCUAUCUCUAGACAUGAAAGCUGCGAGAAGCUUGAGAAACUACUCUUGUUGUCCGAAUCCGUAUGUGGAUAUCACGUUUACCAUAUACGUUCGGCGCAGAACAGUUUAUUACAUCGUCAACCUGAUUUUGCCGAGCGUAACACUAGCCGCUAUGGCCAUGCUCGGGUUCACGCUGCCCUCAGAUUGUGGCGAGAAAAUGACCUUAGGAGUGACAAUCCUCCUAUCACUGUCCGUAUUCUCACUCAUGAUAGCCGAUGCCUUACCACAAACAUCUGAAGCUAUCCCCUUACUAGGUACUUAUUUCAACUGUAUCAUGUUCAUGGUUGCAUCUUCAGUCGUGUCUACAAUCAUGAUCCUAAAUUAUCACCACCGUAAUGCGGACACUCACGUCAUGUCCAAAUGGGUGAAACUCAUGUUCCUGGUGUGGAUGCCGUGCUUGUUGUGCAUGAGCAGACCGAGCCGCGACGACGCGCCCGGCAACGGGAACAAGUCGUCGGACACUAAGAACAAGUCGGCGACGUCGUCCAUCCACCACUUGCCCGACCUGGAGUUCCGGGCCAAGUCGUCCAGAAGCCUGCUGGCCAACGUGCUCGACCUGGACGACGACCUGCGAUCGUCCACCCGGAGCUACCCCGGCGCCCGGAGCCAAGUGGCGCCGAUGCCCGAGCACGUCAUGGUCGAACAGCAGCAGCAACAGCACACGAUGCUGUCCGGCGGUGGCGGGACGGCGUCGGCCGUGGCCGCCACUUCGUGUCUGGGACCGCACCGCGAGCUGUCGCUCAUCCUCAAGGAGCUCAGGGUGAUCACGGACAAGCUGCGCAAGGACGAAGAGGACGAGGAGAUCACCAACGACUGGAAGUUCGCGGCUAUGGUAGUCGACCGCAUGUGCCUGUACAUAUUCACUUUUUUCACGGUGGCCGCCACCAUAGCGGUCCUCAUGUCCGCACCUCACGUCAUCGUCACGUGAUUGCACCGCAGACCAUCAUCACGUCCAGUUCCAGUUUCAGCUUCUCUCUCUACCUGCCUAUAAAUAUAUAUAUAUAGGUAAUAUAAAAUGGAUGCAGUGGAGCAGCUAUAUGUUAUUAUAUUAUGACGACCACACGAAGUGGCAUUUACAUAACACGUGGAAAAUGACACAUGGAAAUCGAUGUGGUACAGUUUUAAAUUAUUCAUACGAGAUAACUAUAAUAUUAUUAAAUUAUUAUUAUUAUUAUUAUUAUUAUAUACUCCUAAUAUCUAAAAUUAUUAUAAAACUAUAAUUUUUUUUCUCCAAACUACUUCUUUUCUAAUGGUUAACUAAAGUAUAUCAAUAAAUAUAUAUAUAUCUAUUUGGUUUACUAUGUAAUAAUAAUAAUGAUAAAUUACUCUGGCCCUGCUCCUUGAAACGAAUUAAUGAACGAACAAAAAUUAUUGAGUAGAUUUUAUAUUAAUGUAAAUCUGUUCUAUAAAAUAUUAAAUUGACACGUCAAACAUUACAUCAAUACAAAAAUAUAUCCGCAUAAAUGACAUUUCUAAAACAAACGUUUAUAUAAAAAAUUUUAAAUAUACAUAACAAGCCUAUUAUUAAAUAUUCAAAGUUAGAACGUACACCGAGUAUAAUAUUGAUACAUUUUUAAAUAUUUGUAAAUUUUUAGAUAUUUUCAUAAUAUUGGAGGAGUUAUUUGCAUAUUAUGUUGAUAAACUACUAUAAUAUGGAUAUUAUUUUAUUCAUUUUUUUCGUAUUGUUUAAGGAAUAAGGGCUCUCAAAAUAUAUACGACAUUUAAAAUCUCAAACACAAUCUAGAAUCGAUAUAUUUUUUGUUGUCACAGCAUCGUAAAACCAACAGCAUGUCGUGACAAUAUCAAGUCUUAAGAUCAGAAAUUAUUAUUAUAAUUAUAUAUAUUACUAAAUACCGAAAUAAUACUAUGGACAGACAUAUUACUAGUUCCCAAAAAAAAAAUAGGUUAAAUUAAAAAUUAUGUUUAGCUUAUUACUAUAUAUAAUACUGAUAUGUAUUUUUACAUAACUGCACUUAUUUCAAAUUAUCUUAUACUGCAUAUUGAUAAUAUUUUUAAUUAUUCAUAUUGGGUUCCUUAAUUUAUUUAACUGUGAAUAGUUUGAAAUAAAAUGUCGUUUUUCACAUACAUACUCGUAAACAUUUUGUCUCACACCUUCAACAAUCUAGUUUAUUCAUUAACUUACACAGUAUAAAAACGUUUAUUUCAAAAUUCACAUAUUUCACAACUGCUCUGAAAAUAAAACAUAUACCUUAAGUCUCUGAGUGAUCUAAUUAUCAACAGUCAUUAUCUUAAGAGGAUGUUGUACCCGCGUGUCUCCGUCUUACACGCGUACGACAUGACAAAUUUUUGUUCACCAGUUGCAUACUCGUAAGUAUGCUGUUAGUUUUGAUAUUAGGGUGGUUUGACUUAUUAUAUAAUUUAAAUUUUGAAUGUAAAAAUUUUAUAAUAGGUCAAUAAUAUCAAACCUAAAAGCAUACUUUUAAGACUGGUGAACGAAAAUUUUUCAUGCCGUACGUGUGUAAUAUGGAGACAUUACACGCAAGUACGACGUCCUCUUAAGAUGCCUACUUACACGUUAAAUACGUAUCUUUCGAUUUUUGGUUUUAAUUUUAAAUUUCGAUGGCGUUGCAAAUUGCUUACAUACUACGUGUUGUAUAUUUUUAAUUAUUCAUAUUAGGUUCCUUAAUUUAUUUAUCUGUGAAUAGUUUGAAAUAAAAUGUCAUUUUUCACUUAUAUACUCGUAAACAUUUUGUCUCACACCUUCAACAACCUAGUUAAUUCAUUAUCAUCAAUAUACCUACACAGUAUAAAAACGUUUAUUUCAAAAUUCACAUUUUUCACAACGGCUUUGAAAAUAAAACAUAUACCUUAAGACUCUGAGUGAUCUAAUUAUCAACAGUCUUUAUCUUAAGAGGAUGUUGUACCCGCGUGUCUCCGUCUUACACGCGUACGACAUGACAAAUUUUCGUUCACCAGUUUCAUAAGUAUGCUGUUAGUUUUGAUAUUAGGGUGGUUUGACUUAUUAUAUAAUUUAAAUUUUGAAUGUAAAAAUUUUAUAAUAGGUCAAUAAUAUCAAACCUAAAAGCAUACUUUUAAGACUGGUGAAUGAAAAUUUUUCAUGCCGUACGUGUGUAAUAUGGAGACAUCACACGCAAGUACGACGUCCUCUUAAGAUGCCUACUUACACGUUAAAUACGUAUCUUUCGAUUUUUGGUUUUAAUUUUAAAUUUCGAUGGCGUUGCAAAUUGCUUACAUACUACGUGUUGUGUAUUUUUAAUUAUUCAUAUUAGGUUCCUUAAUUUAUUUAUCUGUGAAUAAUUUGAAAUAAAAUGUCGUUUUUCACAUACAUACUCGUAAACAUUUUGUCUCACACCUUCAACAAUCUAGUUUAUUCAUUAACUUACACAGUAUAAAAACGUUUAUUUCAAAAUUCACAUAUUUCAAAACUGCUCUGAAAAUAAAACAUAUACCUUAAGUCUCUGAAUGAUCUAAUUAUCAACAGUCAUUAUCUAAAGAGGAUGUUGUACCCGCGUGUCUCCGUCUUACACGCGUACGAUAUGACAAAUUUUCGUUCACCAGUUUCAUAAGUAUGCUGUUAGUUUUGAUAUUAGGGUGGUUUGACUUAUUAUAUAAUUUAAAUUUUGAAUGUAAAAAUUUUAUAAUAGGUCAAUAAUAUCAAACCUAAAAGCAUACUUUUAAGACUGGUGAAUGAAAAUUUUUCAUGCCGUACGUGUGUAAUAUGGAGACAUCACACGCAAGUACGACGUCCUCUUAAGAUGCCUACUUACACGUUAAAUACGUAUCUUUCGAUUUUUGGUUUUAAUUUUAAAUUUCGAUGGCGUUGCAAAUUGCUUACAUACUACGUGUUGUGUAUUUUUAAUUAUUCAUAUUAGGUUCCUUAAUUUAUUUAUCUGUGAAUAAUUUGAAAUAAAAUGUCGUUUUUCACAUACAUACUCGUAAACAUUUUGUCUCACACCUUCAACAAUCUAGUUUAUUCAUUAACCUACACAGAAUAAAAACGUUUAUUUCAAAAUUCACAUAUUUCACAACUGCUCUGAAAAUAAAACAUAUACCUUAAGUCUCUGAAUGAUCUAAUUAUCAACAGUCAUUAUCUAAAGAGGAUGUUGUACCCGCGUGUCUCCGUCUUACACGCGUACGACAUGACAAAUUUUCGUUCACCAGUUUCAUAAGUAUGCUGUUAGUUUUGAUAUUAGGGUGGUUUGACUUAUUAUAUAAUUUAAAUUUUGAAUGUAAAAAUUUUAUAAUAGGUCAAUAAUAUCAAACCUAAAAGCAUACUUUUAAGGCUGGUGAACGAAAAUUUUCCAUGCCGUACGUGUGUAAGAUGGAGACAUCACACGCAAAUACGACGUCCUCUUAAGGUGCCUACUUACACGUUAAAUACGUAUCUUUCGAUUUUUGGUUUUAAUUUUAAAUUUCGAUGGUGUGGCAAAUUACUUACAUACUACGUGUUGCUAAUUGAUUUCAUUUUUAACGGUGAUAAUAUUUAUUAUUCAUUUGGCAAGUAUAUAACUUAUAUAAAAACUGCAAUAAUUUAUAAGUCUGAUAUAAUAAAAUCCAUACCAUAGCGUUUUCAACGAAUUAAAAGUCUACUUAUAAACAAUUUUGAGUAAUAGGAAAUUAAUUUUCCAUCACAUAACAAUGAUCAAAAUUUCAAACCGUGUUUUAUUUCAACUUCGGUUCUUAAUGUUUAUUUUUAAAUAAUGUGCUGCUAAAACGUAUGUAUGUAGCUAUAAUUAAUAUUAGUAUAAUUGUUGGAUCGUUAAUAUCUUACUGGAAUACUUAUAUCAAAACUUUAAUUCAUUCCUUAAUAUAUCCAUGGUGAUUACUAAAAAUACUAAAUAUUAUAUAAAGUUAUUUAUCAAGACACCCAAUUUGUGUGUCCUCUUGCUCAAAUUAAAAUAUAUAUAUAUUAUAUAUAUUUAUAGACUUGAUAUAAAUAUAUUAUUAGUUUAGCUAAAAAAAAUUGCUUUUUAUAUUAAUCAUCUGUGAAAAUAAGAUAUAAAUAUAUAUAUUAAUCAGACACACCUAAUUGUUUAAUACGUAAUUAAAAAGAUUAUUAUGCGAUCAGAUUAUGCUAAUAAUCGUAUUUAAAAUUAGUACAAAAUCGAUCACAUUAAUUGUUUAUGUAUUUGUUAGAGAUGUAUUAGAGUACUUAACUGUUUUAUUUUACGCGCACGUUUUGCUGUGACAAUCUUAAAAUCUCAACAUCAUAAAGCCCACAAUAAAUUAAAAUAGUAACUAUACCUACUAAUAAUUAUUAAAAUUAUUAUCAAUAUCAUUAUUAUUAUUAUUAUUAUUAUUAUUAUUAUUAUAAAUUAAACUAUUAAAAAUGUCUAUGCAUUAAAUGACAAAAUCUUGAGUCGUCUUCCGGUUCAAACAAAUGUCAUGAAAUAAAAACAAAAAAAUUAAUUGAAAAAUAUAUAGAAUAUAAAAUACCUUAUUUCAUUUGAUAUAAAUUAUAUACUACAUAUACAAUUUACUAGGGAUAUUAUAGAAUAGCGAUUUGAAAUUAAUUAAUUUUCUUCGAUGAUGUUUCAUGAUUCAUCGUUAAUAAACAAAGUGUUAAAUAAUAAAUUCAGCUCAAUUAAUUGCUUUAAUAAAUAAAAUAAAAGUAAAAUUAUUGUAAAUUAAAAAUACAUAAACUACGUUUGUUUAGAGCUAUACAUUGUUUACGUAAUAUAAACACAACUAUUUUAUAAAAAUGGAAAUCAUUUUCAAAUUAAAUGUAAAAAUAAUUAUAAAAAAAGUUUUAUAUUAAAAAAUAAAAUAAAAAACAUGUAAAUACCUACUUUGUUAUUUGUACGUUGUUAUUGAAUCUUGUUAACAUAAUUAUAAUUGAUUUUAUAUAUUAUUGUAGUCCUUAGAAAUAAUAAAAUCUUAAUGUAUAGGUUUUGAACAUUUUGUUAUGUUUUAAGAUGUAAUAGAAUAUAAAACAACUAUAAGAGACUUAAACUAUACGCAUUAUGAAUUUGUCAACCAGAAAGUUUGAAAAUAUGUGUAAAAAACACAGUAUUCCAUAUUCUACAUAAUUAAUACAACGUAUUGUAAAGUAGUUAUGCUAUAACAACAUUAUUAUAUCAAAUUGUUCUAAAAAUUAUUUUAUUUAUUUUAUAUAGUUAACUCUUGUCAGUAUUAUUUUUAUUAUAAUUAUUAUUACUUGUAUCAUCAUUUCAAUUAGACAAAUAGUAAGAUUAGUAAAUAAAUUAAUUGAAUAUUUAAGUAUAUGAAAAGUAAUAUAUCUUCAUUUAUAUAUACCUACCCAAUUUUUUAUCAGAUUUCAUCUAAUAUCUGGAUAUAUUAUUUUUGUUAUAUUUUAAUAAUUUUAUUUAAUCUAAUUGUUUUAUCAUUUGUUUGUUUAUGUUUAGAUACGGAACGCUCUAUUGUAUUAUUUUGCCAGUCUUUAAUCUCAAAUUAUUAUCAUGAAAAAUUAAAAAAAAAACAUACAUAGAAAAUAUAAUACAAAUAAUUCCUUAAUUUCUUAGACUUUAGUUUGAUUCAAUAAUUUAAUAUUGUACCCUAAAACCAAUAUUACUAUGAUAAAAUUGAAUUGAAAUUAUGGUCCUGCUCAUCUAGGCGCUGUUUUUUAAAUUGUUAAGCAAAAAUAAAUGAUUAAAAAUAAAAAUAUAUAACGUAAAAUUAUUAUAAAAUUAAUUAAAUCCAUUUUAUUAUAAUAUAUAUACAUUAUAUAUGUUAUAUUAUCGUUAAGUAAAAUACAAUAAUUUCGUAUUCGUUAUCAACUAAUCGGGUUACAUAUAUCUAAAUUAAUUUUUUAAUUUUUGUUUUUGUUUGUACGCCUGGGUUCAUCUUUCUCUGCCACUUUUUAGCAGACAAUCAAAAAAUAUAUUAUUAACAUUAAGAUAUUUUGCAAAUCGAAAGAAGUAUUUAUUAUUUUUUAUUAUUAUUAUUAUAAUUAUUUAAUAAUUUAAAUCAUUGUUUUUUGUAUAAUUCAAAUAGGUAACAUUUCUAUUGCUGUAGGUUUAACGUUUCAGUAAACUGAAACGUAUCUCUUUCUUAGACUUUUAGAGGUUUAGUUAAUAAAAACUGUUCAACCGUUAUUUUAAAUAAUUUAUCAUUAUAUUCUACGAUUCUUUUCGAACCGAAAAAAUAUAAUCUAAAGAGUAUAAGAAUGUUAAAUUGAAAGAUUAAUUAUCAAUUUUAAAUACAAUAUUAACAACAGAUAUUUUGUUAUCUGUAACUAGCGGUUUCGUAUAGUCUUAUGACUUUUUCUCAGUAUUUUUUUUUUAUAUAUAUAAAUGUCAUAAUAAGCUAAUACUAUUAAAAUUGUUUAUAUCAUUAGAUUACAUAAAAUGUUUCGUUAAGUUAUUUUGUUUAUGUUUUUAUGUUAUACAAAAUUUGUUUAUUUUAUUUUUACAGUUGAUGUUUGUUUAUUUGUAAUUUCUAUGACAAAUCGUAAUGUUCGAUUUUAAAGGCCAAAAAAUAUCUAAUAUUUAUAAUGAUAUCCGUAAUGUUAUUAUAUAUUGAUGAAACAAUACAAAAUGGUGUACACAUAAUAUAGAUUUGCUCAUAGUAUUUGUUAACUCUUGUAUAAUGUAGAUGAUGUUUAAUUUCAAGCAAUUUGUACUUAAAAAUAUAUAAAGUUAUAAUUGUGAUUAUUAAAUCAUAUUAAUUUUAA